AUGAAUCAUACUUAAAAAUGUUUGAUCUGAUUGUGCGUUGCAGGGAAUUUAGUGAUUUCACGCUCAGAGUAAAUGAGAAGCGUUUGUUGAACGCGCUAAACGAUACGCCAAUACGCUUUCCACGUGCCGGGCGCAUCAAAACGCGUGAAGAUAAGAUUUCAUGUUUGUUGCAGGCAGUGCUUGGAAAUGUGCCGAUCGCCUCCCCCACUUUGGCGCAGGAAUCUUUGAAAAUGAUACGCAUCGGUGAUCGCAUUGCAAAAUGCUUGUUGGAGUACAUGCGCUUGUCGGAGCAUCAAGCCCACACCAGUACGGGUACAUUUCCAUUGGGCCGCUACAAGGCGUUAUUGCAUACCGUGACAAUCGCGAAAUGCUUCCACGCCAAGUUGUGGGAAAACUCCGCGUAUGCAGCGAAACAAUUGCAGAAAAUCGGUGGCGUUUACUCAGCUCAACUGGUGUGUGCUGGGAAAACUACAUUGAAAUCAUUGGAGGCGACAGACGCGCGCAUCAUUGAAGCGAUACUAAACAAACCAUAUCCCUUCGGCGAUGAGAUAUUGCAAAAUUUACAACAAGCUUUCCCUGAAUAUUCAUUACAAUUGGAGCACCAAUCGCCAAGCAUGGUGCGUGUGUGUGUGCGGCAAGUUAAUGAAGCUUUCAUUUGCCGUGGCGUAAAUGCAAUGAUUAUUGUGGGAGAUUCGGCAAAUCAGCUGUUGCUCUUCAUCGAAGAUCUUGAUACGCUACUUCAGGAAUAUGGUUUCUUUAUGAAAACGAUAAUUCUACCAAGCACUGAAGUGGAAAAAGUCCAUGCGCACGUCAUACAUGCAACUUUAGUUGGCGUUGAUGUGCACGAGACUCUAAUUAUAAACGAGCCACCAGAAGAAGCCAUCACUAUUCAAAAACCUAAACAGAAUAGAAAACGAAAGCAACAAACAAUUUUAACAGCAGCAAGCAAGAAAAAAGUCAAACCCAACACAUCCAGCACUAUGAGUACAAUUUUCGACACAACAAUCAACAGUACAGUAGCUAACAAAAGUAAGCGGUUUGCAAAUUUACAAAGCUUUGCCUUUUCCAAAUCAAAAUUAAAUAAUGACACGAUUGGUUCGACCAUUAAUGACAACUGCAAGGAGUUACUGAAUAAGACAAGCAAUGAAACAGUACUUAAUAUCUCUGAUAAAUCAAAUCUCCACAACUCAACAUUGGUACAAACUAAAUUAACACAUUUUUUCACACAAAAAAAGAAUGUGACAGCAGAUAAGUCAGUGCUUUUGGAAGUAGAUUAUGAUCGAAGGAACGACAAGCUAAAGGCUGAAGCUGAAAAACAGUAUACAGAUAAAACCCCACAGGAUAUGACGCUAAACUCAACGCUGGAAACAACUUUAAUGAAAUUUCAAAAAAUCUCUAAGCAAAAUGAUAUUGAAUUCGAUAAAUUAAAAGAAAGCCAGGAGAAAUCUAAAAACGAACUCAACAAAUGCAUACGACGAGUAACAUCCGUGGACUUAACUGAAAGUUCAAAGCAUUGUUUUGUAGACCAGAGUAAUUCAAAAGAAAAAGACGACGAAACAAAAACCGAGAGCCAAUUAAUUCUCAGUUCCACGCUUCGUGCAACAACGCCGGAUUUACAUGAAAUUUCUGCAUUUCUGGACACGCAAAAAUCGGCGCCAUCUCAGAAUGCUACCCAGAGAUCUAAUAAAAAUGAGCAGCAAGAAGUAUCCACAAAUCGACAAGAUUUGAAUUAUAUUGUACCAAAUGGUACACAAACCUCCAAGAUAUUUGAUACACCAAAUUCAAUACGAUCACUGGAAACAACACCGGAUUUUAACAAUCUUGACGAUAGUUUAAGAAACCGUCAAACAUCAGUUUGUGGUAUAGAAAUCGCUCGUAGCGCUAAUAAAAACGUUGGUGAAUCUUACGAAGAAGCAAAUUAUAAUACUGCAGUUACUGAGGGUGCAGCAAAGAGUGGUGCCAAAUGUACACAUUUUGAGAAUUCAAGAGACAACGAAAUGUCAAAUGUAUUACAUAAUAAAAGUGCUCAUGUUAAUAUAUCAACAUUAAAUCCAAAAAUUAUGAACUGUGGCAUAUCUAACACAAUGCAAAAGGAAUUGGUUGAACGAAGUCGAAGUCGUUCGUUAAACUUGAGCAAUGAACCUUUAAAUUUAAGUAGAGCAACCGCUAUUAUCCAUGUACCUAACGAAAGGCAUGCCAAUAAAGCUGCCUUUGUACAUAAAUACCACCCAACCCAACGAAUUAACAUCGACUCAAAUAACUUGAAACAGCCCAGCACAAAAUCUCAACGCCCAAAAUGUAAUGAGGUGAUUUGUGGUUUAGAUUUAACGCGUAAGUCAAUAACAUACUCUGACGACAACACAAGAGAUGAUGCAUCAGCUAUGAGCACCUCCGUGACCAGCAAGAGUUCUGAUACGUUAAAAAAUACACCGAAAAAUAUUGAAAACUACUUGUUAAGCUAUAAGUGUGCAGUGGCUUUCUCGCGUCUCUCGCAGGAACAACGUACUAUUAUCAAUUAUAAAAAGAUUUAUAAACGCUUAUGGCACACAAGUUCAGCAAUUGAUUUUAUUACUCAGAAAUUGAGUAAAAGCAGCAUUAGCCACGGUGCGCAGCAAAAGCGCAUAACAGAGCGUAGAAUAAUAACGAGGCGGGAUAUAAGGCGCGAUCCAAGGCGCACAAUCGCAAAGAAUAAUAUUACAAUCGCAAAGAAAGAACCUCUUAACCUUUCGAAUAGACAGAUACAGCAGCAGAAAAUAAAAGAUACAGUGACUAAUGCAUCCUCGAAGCCAGCAUCAAAAAUUUCACAUCUUUCUAAAGAAGAACAACAUAAAAUACUAACCAAUAAGUCCACCAAGGCAGAUGAGUCGACAUCUUCUAUGCUACGUAAUCCCUAUCGUUUGCAGUUAUUGAAUGACUCUAAAAACGAAGUUAAAAGUGCUCACCAUAUUAAUAAUGAGGUAAUGCAUUUGGUGCUCGAUAUGAAAUGUAAAGCUGUAAGCAUUGCUGCAGAAGAUCAUCUUAUUGCGGGUGCGGAUGGUGAAGAAGAUCUAGAAAAUGUUGAUAUGCAGAGUUUACCAAGUAUGUCCUUUGAAGAAUAUUGUAGUUAUGUACUUCAAGCAACACAUAAUGCAGACCGCCGUUGUUGAGGAGGAUGAUUGAUUGGGGCAAUGCUUUUGGAACAUACUAUUUAUUUUCAAAAC